GAGAGAGAGAGAGAGGGGGGGGGGGGGAAUCUUUUGAAACGAGAGAAGCCAGAACGCAUUUUCAGGGAGAGCACACAAACAUCGGCGGUCUAUACAGCAGUGAAGAGAUGGGUGUCAACAAAAACUUGGCAAAACCAUUACCAUUGGUUUUGGCAUAUAUUUUGGCUUCACUGAUUGGUUGGUCGAGGUGCCACGAGGGGGCUUGUUUGCAGGACGGGAAGCACAAAGCCACUCCAGGUCCAGAACCGCACCUGAAAGACUGCAGGCUUUACGCCGACAAUGCCUGCUGUUCAGAAAACGACGCUCAGGAGAUUGCAGCGUCCCCAGUGACCAAAGUGGAUGACGUUGUCUGGGGCCGGUGUGGAGCCCUCAGCCCCAGCUGUGAAGCCUUCUUCAGGCGCGCGGCCUGCUUCCGUCGCUGCUCUCCGGACGCCGCCCGCUGGCCACACCCGCUCGACCCCGCCUCCAUCCAGGGCGUGCCGCUCUGCCGCAGCUUCUGCAGAGACUGGUUUGAGGCCUGCAAAGCUGAUCUGACCUGCACGGGCCAUCGGGGGGGUGAACGGAAAAAGGGUCCCCGGGGAAACAACUGCACUGGAAACUGUGUGACCUACCAGCAGGUGUACCGGGAUGGGCGUGGCCUGUGCGAGACCCUGUGGGGCGACGCCUUCGUGACGGUGGAGGACGAGGCGCAGGAGGAGAAGGAGGAGAAGGAGGAGGCGUCCUGCGGCUGCCUCACCCUCAGCCCCACGGACGGGGAGGUGAUCGCCGCCCUGCGCGCGCAGGAGGAGGACCCCGACGAGCUGGACACCACCAAGGCGGGCCUCCCGCAGUACCGCGCGCCCUGCCGCGCCAAGAGCCAGCCGCCGCCGCCGCCACCAGAGGGCGCCACCCCGCCCCCGCAGGCCCCGCAGGCCCGCAGCAACGGCGACAACGCCGUCCUGCGCAAGCGCUCGCUCUUCGUGGAGGACGUGGAAGGCAGCGGCAGCGGGUUCUAGAACAUUCCCACGGAAACGCUUUGGAGGACUUCAUAGAUUCCGUGACCCUGAAAAAGGGCGUAUGCCACCGUCUCCGCAGGCCCCGUGUCAUCGACUCAAGCCCUCAGAAACGCGCAGCCGGCUUUGAGGUAUGAUAUUUGUUCAAAGGCUUCAUGUUUGUGAACUAUCGAUUGUGUGCUCUUUUGUGCCGUGUUCUUAGACCUCUAAAGGAAAACCUAGUCGUAGCAACAAAUGAAUAUACUGUACCUGACUGCAUGCCAUCCGCUUUCAAAACUCUGCGUUCACCUCUUGUCACACGUAAGCCAAAAGCCCUAAAAACACAGAAGCCCCACAUUUUCACUGAGGAACCAUUUUCACUGCCCUCAGAGCAGACAAUCACAUUAAUUAAUGGUUUCUUCAAUGAAGUUGUCCAGGUCCUGAGGCAGCGACGCAUCCCCCACACCACCACACCACCAUAUUUGACCGUUGGUACGAUGUUCAGUAAAAUGCUCCAUUUUCUUCAUGUCAGACAUAAUGGGACCCAUGUUGUCGAAAAAGUUUCACUUUUGACUCGCCUGUCCAUAGACCAUUAUCCCAAAGGGCUUGGGGAUCAUUUUUGUGCUUUUUUGCAAAUGUGAAAUGAGCGUUCAUGUUUUUUUUUUUUGGUUAGCAGUGGUUUUCUCCUUGCUACUCACCCAUGAACAUUUUUGCCCAGUCUCUUUUUUAUUGUGAAGUCACAAAUGCUGACCUUAGCUGAGGCUAGAGAGGUCUGCCAUGUUUCGGAUGUUUGUCUGGGAUCUUUUCUGACUUCCUGGAUGAGUAGUCGCUACAAAUUUAGGCAGGCCAGCCACUCUUGUGAAGAUUCACCACAGUUUGAAGUGUUCUCCAUUUGGAGACAAUGUCAUUGUAGUUCAGUAGAGUCCUAGAGUCUUAGAAAUGGAGUUGUAACUUUCCAGACUGAUAUAUUUCAACAACUUUUUUCUCUCUUCUGAUAUUUCCUUUUGUUGUGGCAUAGAGUGCUGAUAUAAACCUCCUGGCGAUUACUUCACUUUGAUGGUAUAUGAGUGAGGUUUAGAUUCAACAUGGUGCAAUCAAUCCUGGCUGUGUUCAAUUAGCUGAAUUAUCAAUUCAAUUUGGUUCAUUGGUUGAUUAACUAAGGGGGCAAUUACUUUUUCACAGGGGUGAUACAGGUAUUUGAUAGCAUUUUAUCAUUAAAUAAAUUUAUUUUGAAAAUAUUUUGCAUUUACUCAGUUUCCCAGUUUGCCUAAUACUACGUUUUCAACUCACACAAAUAAAGUGUGAGAAAUAUGCCAUAAGAGAGAAAAUCAGGAAAGGGGAAAAUACAGCACUGUAUAUGAUCUCACACCAGGGUAAAGAGCUUAGGACAUGGCAGGGGGAAAACAGAGAGGCUGCACCUCGGUUCCCAAAAUCUCCCCUCACUACCGCAGAGCAAUUGCAUACACACAGCUGGUCAGAAACAUACGGCUCGUGGUACAUAUACUCACUAAUCCAGAAUGUAGCUCACCUGAGUAUUGGCGUCGCUGACACAUUUGUUUUCUCCCAAGUACUAAAAGUUGGUGUAAUGAAGGGGGGAGUUAUCGUGGCCUAAUGUAGAACCCACAUUGGAACAUAAGAGUGUGAGACGUAGUGUGCAGUAGAAGAUUCUUAGGCACCCAGAAUGUUUAAAAUGUAAUGGGGAAAGUUGCUUACUACAAAGCACAAUUUUUAAACUUAAAACAAAUAAACCCUCUGGUAGAUUUCUAGGAUUGCAGCAGCGCUCAGAUUUUGGGUCUUACAGCUCGCUUUAAAUGAGACGAAGACACCCAAGUUUUAACUUGAUUAAACUCUUGGGGGGCGGGGGAAAGGAAACCCAGCAUGAAAACCAUGAUUUGCACAGUGCCGGUUUGACCAUUGGUAAAUUAAAUGUCUUUAUUACUCGCUGUAAAAAUGUGUCAAGAAUUAUAAAGCUGGAUCUUUCUCUUUUUUCCUGUAAGUGCUGAAUAAAUGCUGUAUUUCUAAGUGUGUUUGACAUGGUUCCUUCUCUCAAGUAAAAUAAAUAAACAGUUUUCGGCCCAUA